AUGCGGUUUCUUUGUCUCCACGGGCGUGGGACCUCCAGCGAGAUUUUCGAGCUGCAGACCGCGAGGCUCCGAGAAGAACUCAGUAGCCAUGAGUUUGUCUUUAUAGAUGGUGUUGUGUCAACAGAGCCGAGCGAAGGGGCCGAAGCGGUUGCCGAUGAAUUCUUUGGCUGGUUCGACAAGCCCGUCAGCCAGGCCCAAUCGCAAGAACUCCUCCUCGGCCUGGUGGAAUUCAUCGCCAACAACGGGCCAUUCCAGGGGGUCAUGGGCUUCUCAGAAGGCGGUAUAGUCGCGGCAAUGCUCCUCGCGGAAGACGCUAGACAGGGCUUUGCAGGUUUUCAAUGCGGUAUCCUUUUAAGCGCAGCGCCGCCAUUGGAUCCCGCCGGCAUUUCUCAAGAGCCGGCGUCUCUCAGAUGCCUCAACCCUGCCGUGGACGGGUCCGUGAUCCGCGUCCCCACUGCUCAUAUCAUUGGUUCCAACGAGCCGUUUGCCCGCUUGGUAGCGUUGUCGCCCCUGUCUGGCCUCUGGACCAGCAGCGGCAUGGGGGAUCCGGAGAAGCUGCACCAGUCGCUGUUUCAACUGUGCAGUGAAGAGCGGGAGCUGGUUUUCCAUCAGCUAGGGCAUGAGGUGCCCGGAGCGAAGUCGGCCGAUGGGCUAUCAGGGGCUCUUCGGGCCAUUGAGCGUACUGUCGAGCGAGCACAGUUGGGAUGA